GGCGGGGCCGGCGGGGCCAAGAUGGCGGCGGCGCCGUGAGGGGAGAGCGCGCCUCUCCCCUUUUCUCUCCCCCCUCCACCAUGCCCCACCCUCGCUCCUCCUCCCCUUCCUCCCCCUCCUCCUCCUCGUCCUCGCUGCUCCACGUGCAGUUCCCGCAGGUCCCUCCCGCCCUCCUGUCCAACCUGAACCGGCAGCGCCUGCAGGGGCAGCUCUGCGACGUCUCCAUCCGCCUGCAGGGCCGCGAGUUCCGCGCCCACCGCGCCGUCCUGGCCGCCUCCUCGCCCUUCUUCCACGACCAGCUGCUGCUCAAGAAGCUGGACUGCAUCGAGCUGCCCAGCGUGAUGGACCCGGCGGCCUUCGGCCUCGUGCUGGGCUGCGCCUACACGGGCAGGCUGAGCAUGGAGCCGGCCGACGUCGUCAACUUCCUGACGGUGGGCAGCGUGCUGCAGAUGUGGCACAUCGUGGACAAGUGCGCCGAGCUGCUGCGGGAGCGCCGCGGGGCUGCUUCAUCAUCAUCUUCAUCAUCAUCAUCAACAACAUCAUCAUCGUCAUCAUCGUCAUCAUCGUCAUCGUCAUCGUCAGCGCAGCCCAAAGCGCCCCAGCCUGGAGGGGAUUUGAAAGUUUGUGAGGAGGAAGAGGAGGAUGAGGAUGAAGAGGAGCCCCCGCAGAAGCGCUGGGUGCUGGUGAAGCGCGAGUGGCUGCAGGAGGAUCUGGUGCUCACCUGCGAGGAGGAGGAGGAGGAGGAGGGGAACCGAGGGAAUUGUGCACGGAACCGAGGGAAUUGUGAGCGGAACCGAGGGAAUUGUGCACGGAACCGAGGGAAUUGUGAGCAGAACCGGCGGGAAUUCGCACCAAAACGAGAGGAUUUUGGACAGAACUGGCGGGAAUCCGCACGGAACCGAGGGGGUUUGGACCAGAACCGGCAGAACCGAGGGGAUUUUAACCAGAACCGGCAAAAUUUCACACGAAAAUGAGGGAAUUCUGCCCAGAACCAGCCGAAUUUCACUGGGAAAUGAUGGAAUUCUGAGCAGAACCGGAGGAAUUUCACCCGGAACCGAU